AUGGAUUUGUUCAAGUACCCGCCGAGAUCAGCUGCGUCUUCAGAUUUGGUACACAGCUCCGACGGGUCACUUAUAAGUGUCUUUAACACCGAAGCUGUUCCUUCGGCAUCGUCGACUUAUACAAAUCUUGAAACAUCAUUUGAUUUACCCAUCGGCGAUAAUACAUUUAUUCAACAAAUCCUUGACAAUACAUCCCUUACAACAUCAUUUCCAGAUCUUGAUUUUGAAGACGAAUUACUUAAAGAUUUACCUGAAUAUUCAUCAGCAUUUGAUCAAUUUAUUGAUUUCGAUCCACUCAUGACAAUUCAAGAACUUACUAAUGUUCCUAUGGAACAAUCUCAACACUUUCCCGAACAAGAUUCAUCUCCAGCAUUUCCAAGUCAUUCCACCAAUGAUGAAACAACAAUUUCUUCAAUUAAUUCACCACAAUCAGAAGACAGUGAACGUGAUGAUAUCAACCGACGUGGCGUUAAAAAAAGUGGUGGUCCAGUACGUAAAUUAGCACGUUUUGGUAACAAGCAAGUUAUUAAAUAUUCCAAUGAAUAUCAUGAUCGACGAAUUAAAAAUAAUGAAGCUGUUAAAAAAAGUCGAAUGAAAGCUAAAGAAAAACAACAAUCCAGUGACGUACAAAUGAAUAGAUUAACUGAAGAAAAUCGUACAUUAAAUGAUCGUGUCGAUUUAUUAAUGAAAGAAUUACAAGUAUUACGAUCACUUUACAAAGAACUUAAACACGAUUCAACGGUGGAAGUCAAUAACACACAUUGA